UCACGUAACUUCUUGAUAUAUAAAAUAUGUGUGAAUGGAGCAGCUAAUAAUUCUCUACUGUGCUUCUUUUGUUUUCUAUCUUUUCACAGCUCCUCUGCUUCAAAGAAGCAGUUAUCCAGUAGGAUCACAUACAGUAGAAGUUAUGUGGCUAAGGAUAUCAAUUUAGGAGCUGGGGCUCGUGCAGCUAUGCUACAGGAUGUCAAUGAGGUUGCAGAAGCCGUGAAAGUCACAAUGGGACCAAAGGGCCGCCAUGUUAUUAUUGAAAAAAGUCGGGGGCUUCUAAAGGUGACCAAGGAUGGAGUCACUAUUGCUAAAAGCAUCAAGUUCAAGGAGAAGGUGAAGAAUGUUGGUGCAGACCUUGUGAAGCAGGUCGCAAAUGCUACUAAUACUGCCACAGGGGAUGGUACAACUUGUGCAACUGUCCUUACUCAGGCUAUACUCAUCGAAGGCUGCAAGUCUGUAUCUGCUGGUGUGAAUGUGAUGGAUUUGCGUAAUGGCAUCAAUAUUGCGGUUCAUGCUGUCCUUUCAGACUUGAAAAGGAGAGCAUUGAUGAUAAGCACACCAGAAGAAAUUACUCAGGUUGCCACUAUCUCUGCAAAUGGUGAACGUGAGAUUGGAGAAAUGAUAGCAAGAGCAAUGGAGAAAGUUGGAAAGCAUGGAGUGAUUACUCUCGCUGAUGGGAAUACUUUGGAUAAUAAGUUGGAAGUUGUGGAAGGAAUGAAGCUAGCUAGAGGCUAUAUUUCUCCCUAUUUUAUUACUGAUCAGAAGACCCAGAAAUGUGAACUUGAAAAUCCAUUAAUCCUCAUUUAUGACAAAAAGAUUUCAGACAUGAACUCGCUUCUGAGAGUAUUAGAGCUGGCAGUCAAAAAAAGCAGACCACUUUUUAUCGUAGCUGAGGAUGUUGAGAGUGAUUCCUUAGCCAUGCUUAUUCUCAACAAGCAUCGAGCUGGAUUUAUGGUCUGUGCCAUCAAAGCUCCUGGUUUUGGGGAAAACAAACAAGUAAAUUUGGAUGAUCUUGCUAUUUUAACCGGUGGGGAGGUUAUAAGUGAAAAUCGUGGUUUAACCCUUGAUAAAGUCCAAAUUGAAAUGCUUGGUACUGCUAAGAAGGUCAUAGUGUCACUUGACAAUACAAUAGUUCUUCAUGGUUGCGGAGACAAGAAAUUGAUUGAAGAAAGAUGUGAGCAGCUAAGGACAGCCAUAGAGAAGAGUACUGCCUUGUUUGACAAGGAGAAAUCUCAGGAACGACUGUCAAAGCUGUCUGGUGGUGUUGCUGUUUUCAAGGUUGGGGGUGCCAGUGAGGCAGAAGUUGGAGAGAGGAAAGAUAGGGUUACAGAUGCAUUGAAUGCUACUAGAGCAGCAGUGGAAGAGGGUAUUGUGCCAGGUGGUGGUGUUGCUCUUUUGUAUUCCACAAAAGCUCUGGAAAAACUUCAAGCUCAGAAUGAAGAUGAAAAAAGAGGCAUUCAAAUAAUCCAGGACGCCCUCAAGGCGCCGGCACAUACAAUAGUUUCAAACGCUGGAUUUGAUUCUGCUACGGUUCUUGGCAAAUUGUUGGAGCAAGAUGAUUUUGCGAAGAAGCGAGUGUAAAUAGUAGCGGCCGAAGAAUGCAUUUUCCAAAUGUAACUUGGCCAAUCUACGUGAGGAAGAAAGCCUAGACAUCUUGUUAAUUAGCCUGCACUGUUGUGACAUUUUCAUCGACUCACAAGUCCCUGAUCUUAAAAGCGAUCUCUCUCUGUAUAUAUCUACCAAGUCCAGAAAUAACAAGAGUGAUCCUAAUUCUGAUCAGCUUUGUGACAUGGCUUCUCCAUUUUUCCCAAGAUUUUGUUGUUCCUUCUGAUGAUUCCGGAUAUUUGACUUUGUUAGAGAUAUUUAGAUA